AUGAGCCCGAGAAAGCGCAAGCAGCCUGAUCCGGAUCUAGGCAGUCUGCAGCAGUCCGAUACAUCGUCAAGGAGCAACUCGAAACUGCCAAUUGCAACUUCAUCCUCAUCCGUGGAACCGCAACCCAAACUCGUACACGGCAACGCCAGAUACAACCGUAUACACUAUGCUUGCCUCGAAUGCGCCCGCCGUAAGCAGAAAUGCAACAGAAAGAGGCCCUGUCAACAUUGCAUUGAACGAGGCAUCCCCGAAUCCUGUAGGCCCCAUCCAUCACACGACGACAACUUGGACAUUCCCCAAGAUCCCGAUACAGAACAAAGGCUGCGGCGUAUCGAGCAUCUUCUCGACGACUAUCUCCCCAGGAUCCUAGUCAAGGUCGACAAAGACUCUCGCACGUUGUCCAAGCCUCUCUCCCAUCCUAUCAACAGCCAAGAGCUCUGUCAGCAAGCCAUUCCUACCUACACAGCUACCGCCCAAGAUAGUGCACAGCUAGAGGAUCCAGAUCCAGACCACCUCGAGCCCCAAGGCAGGCUUAGCCCCGAAACGGGCUUGUACAACAACGGACCCACCAGCCACAUCAAGUCCAUUCUCGGAGACCUUCCUGGAAGUCCGCAGAGCAUCCAGCCGCUCAAUUUACCCAUCAGAACCGUCGGCUCUAGUUCGGAUUUUGACGAAUCCGUCAUGCGGUACGGCCGCCCUGCUCCACCCUCUCACGAGCUGCUCGGCGCACUCAUCAGCCGCGAUCACUGCCAAGUUCUCAUCGAUCACUAUCUCACCCAGAUUGACUGGAUGCGCCAACCUCUGCCCCGAACCCGACUUCGCCAGGCGUUCGACAGCUUUUGGCAGUCUGGUCCCAAGAUCACGGCCCACAAUAUCAACAUCUUUGCCAUCAUGUGCGGCAUUUGCGCCGUCGCUGCUCUAUCCGUCCAGCACGUUUUGUUUCCAAGUCGCCACCAAGAACGAUCGCAAUUAGCCAGGCAUUUCCAUUACGCAGGCAGAAAAGCUUUGCUCAUGAGUACCAUGCUCGGAUGCGAAGACGUCGAUCAAAUCAUCGCUUUCGUUCUGUCAUGCCAUUUCCUUGUCCUCGAUCGACGAGUUGGCGAGUCCUACAUUGUUGGCGCUUCUGUCGUUCCAGCUGCGCUCGCCAUUGGCCUCCAUCGUGAUGGCACCAAGCUCGGCCUCCCACCCCAGCAGGUCGAGCUCCGAAGAAGGGUUUGGGCCGCGGUCUAUUGUAUGGACCGCGCUCUAGCCGUACACACGGGCCGUCCGGCCCUCUUGGACGAUCGCUUCUGCGACACCCGCCUCGUCGAUGAUCAGAUCGACUUCGACAGCAGGAGCCUCUGCACGGCCGCAUCACGAGCACAGCCACUUCCCUUUCCGCCUCCGUCUGUCUACACCCUCACCCUCUACCGCCAGCAGCUUGCACGCCUUGAAGGCGAAGCCGCCGCAUUCUCACAGACCCUGGGCAGUCACAUUGGCAUCGGCGAUGUGCUCGCUUUCGACCACAAGAUCCGACGCUUUCAGGAGACUCUUCCUCGCUACUUCCACGCGAGGCUGACGGAAGACGGCGUAUUUUACGACACUUCGCUCGACGCCACCUAUCCCUUUCUACUGACGCAUCGGUUCCUGCUCCAUUCGGACAUCAACGCGCUGCGCAUCGUGCUGCUGCGACCCUUUCUGCUUCGUUCCAGGCGGUCGAUCAGUGCAAGAUUCGCUCCGGCUCGAAAAGCGUGCAUCGAAGCUGCGCUGCACAAUGCCGAAAUGCUUCGAACUAGCGUGCGCCAUCUGCGAGCCUCGGUCCCCACCCCAGAGCAGCGAUUGGUGUGGCGAGCACAGAUCGGUACGCAGAGCUGGUUCCAAUCCUUGCUCGUCUGCGGUCUCGGGAUGUUCAUGGAACCCUCUGCCCGCAUCGCUUCCAGGCUCAGGUCGCAUCUGGAAUAUUACAUUGAAGAGUACCAUGGCAAGGGCUUCAUCGCCAUGGACGACAUGAGCGAGCGCGAGGCCAAGGUGAUCAGCAUGUUUAUGUCCAGAUUCGAGCAGAUGAGCGAGGCCGGUGCGCCAGAGGAAGCACACUCCAACAUGCAUCCGUCUUCGUCGUCCGACUCGGAAGCUUGGCAUGCCUCGUCGUGUAACGGCAUCGCAAGAACCGAGCCUGGUACCGCUCGAUUCAUCGACGGCAGGCAGAACCGAGAGCUAAGAUCAGCACCUGGAUCGCUACUUGAGUCGAGAGACGCGUCUGCAACUGGCAACGUCGAGCUGGACAAGGCUGGAGCCUAUGGCGAUUCGGCGUUCAACACCAAAGUCAGGAGCCGGUCGCUUCAAAUGCCGUCGGUGACCAACGAGCAAUGCAGCCCACCUCUUCCAGUCGGAGCUGUCCAACAUGGCGGCGAGGGACAUGCUCCCGUGCCGAUGGGCAUGCCUCCGUACACGGACCCAAACGUCACAGCAAAGGAGUUCCAAGUACCGCCCAGCUCGAUGCGCCUCGCAUCUGCACUGAGGAUGGCUCCUUCCUCAUCGCUAGACCAGCUGCUGUCGCCGUUCGAGGCUUCUGGUAGUGAGGCUACCAUGGCGAGUGCUUCGUCAUCCGGAUCUCAAAACCCAGACGUGGAUCCUGCUUACUGGCAAGCUUUGAUCGACAAGAUCCUAUCAUGA